UUAUUUUUUGAAAGUAGUAAGAUUAAAAAAUUGUAUUAAGUAGUUUUUAAUUUGAGUAAUUUAUUUUAAGUAAUGAAUCUAUUAAGUGUUACAAAAUGUUAUGUCAUAUUUAUAAUAAAUAAUAAUGGUGUUACUAUUAUUAGUUAUAAUCAUGCCAAGAAAAUGUUCAAUAGUUAAUUGUACCACAAAUUAUUUAACAUCAACUUCAGAAGAAAAGCUUCAUGUUUACAUGUUUCCAAGUGACACACAAAAGUUACAAUAUUGGUUGUCAUCUAUUCCAAAUGCGUUUGAAAAAGUAACUUCAAAUAUGGGUGAGUGUGAAAAACACUGGCCACCAGGCUGCAAAAUGCACAAGCCUCGUCAAUCAAAGUUUGAGGUAAGUAUCCUUAAAGUUGUUUUUAUUGAUAAGUUUUACAAUGACUAAUUUUAAUAAUAUCUUUUUUAGGUUCCUGUUGAUCCCCCAUCUAUUUUUCCUGGAUGCACAUCUUCAAUGGUCCGCCAAACAGUCUCAACACAACCAAGAUCUACAAAUAUAAAUAAAAUUUCUUUAACAUCAUGAAAUGCAAUACCUGAUGAAUUGGAUGGUUUCAAUCAAAUUGAUUUAAUUAGAUUUUAUGAUGUUGAAAUAAUGUUGUCUGAAAUAAAAGAAAGAUAUCCUCAAUACUUUGCAUUCAUUGAAAAUUCAAAAGUCAUAUUGUUUGACGUUUCUCGAUCAUGUCUACCUGAAACAACAAAUCAAAGUGUUUACCAAAAUUUCGUUGUUAAUAAAAGUUUUUCAUGGCAAGGUGUUAUAGAAAAAGAAAAACCAGUUAUUAUGCUACACGAUCCAGUUCACUUGUUUAAAAGUAUAAGAAAUAAUUGGUUUACGGAAAAAACACAAACAAUUAGUUUAAAAAUUAAUAAUCAACCUCUCUCUGGUGAUUGGUCUCACAUUGUUCAAUUAUAUAACAGACAAAAAACUUGUGUUGCCAAAACUACAAAGCUUUCACGCAAGUCAGUGUACCCUAGUUUGAUUGAUAGACAAAAUGUUGCAAACAUGGUUGCUGUAUUUAAUGAAAAAACUGUUGCAGCAUUGAGAUUAGUUAAUUUUGAGAACACUGCCUGUUUUUUAGCACCAAUUGUUUCAUUAUGGAACAUGCUAAAUGUAAAGAGGAAAGGUUGUGAUGUUUUACUUAAUGAUAUCAAUAGGUCUCCUUUCCAGACACUCGAUGACCUUAGAUUUAAAGUAAUUUUAGCAUUUGCUGAUGCAACUUCUAAGAUGUCAGAGGGGAAGGGAUUAAAGCGUCAUAAUACUUUUACGCCAGAAACAAAACAUGCUUUAGUUAACACCCUACAAGGAUUGAUAGAAUUAAUAAAAAAACUGCUUUCAGAAGAUUUUUUAACAUACAUAAGUUUAUUGAUGCCUUUUUUUUUGACAAUUGCUGUUUUAACUAUAAUUUAAUACUCGGUUCAACUCAAUUUAUUUGGUUAUAUCUUUUUGCAAUUUUUUUGCUUAUUUGUAGACAACUAAGUGGCGGAAAUUAUUUUAUCUCAGCAGAACAAGUAUUGAACAGUUUGCACCUUCAGCGGUUAAAAUUAUUCAGCAAAAUAGUUUCUUUGGAUGAAACUGACAUUCAUUGCUCACGCAUACAUUCAGACUGUUGCACAAUGGAUCUAAUGGAAGUGGAUAUUAUUUAUUUAGAUGAAUGUUUAAUUAAUGCAGACAAUGAAUCUAUUAAUGAUCAGGAGAAUGCUGCCCUUUUUAUAUGGCUGGUUAUGUACAGCACAAGAUCGAUCCGCAGCGUAUAGUUGAUACAACAACAUCACAAUCAGCUAGUUCUGAAUUUACAGAUUAUGUUUCACGUGGUAAAUAGCGUUAUCCUGGUGAUACUCUUCUCCAGUUUAUUUGUGUUUGUUAUCUACUGUUUAACAGCGUUCCAAUGUCUGAAAAACGUUUUCAAUGUGUUGUUUAUUUAAAGAAAUUAUUUUUAUUCUUGCAUUCAACAUUACUAUUUGAUUUAGAAACAGACAGUAUAGGUAUUUUAAAAGUUAUCUCAAUAAUAACUGUUUCUUAAAAGGUGUUACGACGUUGGUGAUAUAAUUAAUAACGUUUUGAAAUG